GCUUAAUAACUACGAUACCUGUCACUAGCGCACUCUAUGGCCUUGUCACUACGGUCGUAAAAGCGGGCGCCGGACGAGUUCUUUUUCUAGCCGCCAUUCGCUACCACACGUGGCUGUGGCACAUCGGCUAAGCCAUGGGUCGCAUCCCAACGGUGCACAGUAAAACGUACGUGACGCCCCGGCGUCCGUUUGAGAAGGAGCGUCUGGACCAGGAGCUGAAGCUCAUCGGCGAGUACGGUCUGCGGAACAAGCGCGAGGUGUGGCGAGUCAAGUACACGCUUGCCAAAAUCCGUAAGGCGGCCCGAGAGCUGCUCACGCUCGACGACAAAGACCCCAAGCGGCUCUUCGAAGGCAAUGCACUACUCCGCCGGCUGGUGCGUGUGGGUGUGCUGGAGGAGAGCAAGAUGAAGCUCGAUUACGUGCUGGGUCUGCGUAUUGAGGACUUUCUGGAGCGUCGCCUGCAGACGCAGGUCUUCAAGCACGGCCUUGCCAAGAGCAUCCACCAUGCCCGUGUGCUCAUCCGACAGAGGCACAUACGGGUCCGCAAGCAAGUGGUGAAUGUGCCCUCGUUCGUGGUGCGGCUCGACUCCGAGAAGCACAUCGACUUCUCGCUCAAGUCUCCCUUCGGUGGUGGCCGCCCCGGACGUGUCAAGAGGAAGAACAUGCGCAAGGCCCAAGGAGGCACUGCACAGGAGGAAGAGGACGAUGACUAGGCUGUGUCGCUCCACUAAAAUAAACAA